GUUGUUUCAAAGACUUUAGGACCACUUGUUCUCCAUCCUCCAACCCAAUCACCUUUUGUCCUGGUCCUUCAUAGUGCUCGGACCUACCACCACUUGAACCUAUAGGUCUUUCCAUAUUCGAACAUUGUCAUUUCCAAAUUGGUUUUGGAGAAAUGUUAAUUCAGAUUUUAUUUCUGAUAAUUCUAACCCUAAAUUGCUCAUAUUCAACUUCAUAUUCAACUAGUAAUGGAAUUCGUCUAAUGACAUUCAACAUUUGGAAUUCUGGUGCAAACGUGGAAAAUGGCCAACAAAAAAUUGCCAAGCACAUUUUGAUGGUCAAUCCUGAUGUUGUGGCUCUACAGGAAGUCUAUGCAAAUGUGACACGAAACUUGACCCUUAUGCUAGGUCAUCCAUGGGUUGCAGUUGAACGAAAUCACGAAUAUCCAGACACUGCGAUUCUCACUCGCCACGUCUUAAUUCCGAAUACAAAUUUGUCAACGUCUGGAGCAGUCGGAGUGAAGAUCAUGCUCAGAACUGGGUUUAUGAUUCAUUUUUGGUCACUCCAUCUUGACUAUACAUCCUAUGGGCCUUACGCAGCAAAUAACAAAUUGGUGGACAAACUCGAUCAGAUUAUGGCUGGAGAAAAUGUUGGACGUGGUCCUCAAAUCUACGAGAUUCUUAAUCUUCCAAUGAUGAAAAAGUGGAUGGAAAAGGUGGAAGAUGUUCCGAUUUUCAUAGCCGGCGACUUUAACGGACCCUCACAUCUCGAUUGGACAGAACAGACAAAAAAGAUUCAUGGGGAUUGGGUGAUACGGUGGCCUGCAACCAAGGAGCUAGAAGAACGAGAAUUCAGUGAUACAUUCAGGGAAAUAUACCCAAACGUUGUUUCAGAUCCAGGAAUCACGUGGUCAACAGUAAACAAGUUCAAUCCAGAAUGGAAUUAUACGAUUCCAGAGCCACAGGAUCGGAUAGAUUUCUUGUUUUAUAAAGGACCAGUUGUUCCGUAUCAAAUAUUGACAUACAGUGGAUGCGAGAAACCGCAACGAAUUCCGUUUCACUCGAAAAAUGACUACCCAUCCGAUCAUUUUGCCGUUUUUGCCGACUAUACUUUCAUAUGAUUCAACAUCGUCUUUCAAACAAUCUUUACUUGUACACAAAAACAUAAAUUUCUCUCUCUC